AUACUCCAUAUAUCAUAGUCGAUCACUAGUAAACAUGUCUGACGUUGAAGAACAAUACGUUGAAGAACAACAAGAAGAACAACCAGUCGUUCAAGAAGAAUUCCAGUUAGUUGAAUUGGCUACCCCAAUCCCAGCUGAGGUCCAAGUUGCUCACAGAGAAGUCAAGUUGUUCAACAAGUGGUCCUUCGACGAUGUUGAAGUCAAGGAUGUCUCUUUAGUUGACUACAUUCAAAUCAGAUCUCCAGUCUUUGUUUCCCACACUGCUGGUAGAUACGCUUCUAAGAGAUUCAGAAAGGCUCAAUGUCCAAUCGUUGAAAGAUUGACCAAUUCAUUGAUGAUGAACGGUAGAAACAACGGUAAGAAGUUGAAGGCUGUUAGAAUCGUCAAGCACUCAUUAGAAAUCAUCAACGUUUUGACUGAACAAAACCCUCUCCAAGUCUUGGUUGACGCUAUCGUCAACUCUGGUGCCAGAGAAGACUCUACCAGAAUCGGUUCUUCCGGUACCGUCAGAAGACAAGCUGUUGAUGUCUCUCCAUUGAGAAGAGUUAACCAAGCUAUUGCUUUGUUGACCAUCGGUGCCAGAGAAGCUUCCUUCAGAAACAUCAAGACCAUCGCUGAAUGUUUGGCCGAAGAAUUGAUCAACGCCGCCAAGGGUUCUUCUACCUCUUACGCUAUCAAGAAGAAGGAUGAAUUGGAAAGAGUUGCUAAGUCUAACCGUUAAGCAAAUCAUCUUGUGUAUUUUAUCUUUUCAUAUUUGUUUUGCAAAUAGGGUCAUAAUUUCUUGUUAAUGUAUAAAAGAAGCAUAUUUAAUAAGGAUUUAGUUAAUUAUAAACUUCUAUUAGG